AGGACUCGCCUAAAACAAGUUGGUCCUAACUGGACUCCCUCACAGCAACUUGACACAAACUCGACACAACGUCCAUGACAUAAACGUACAUUGAAUAUUUUACCGGGUCACCAGUUGCCAAGAAGGAAACCAACGCCCCUUUUCUUGCCCAAAUUCCAGACACCGCUUCAAACAACAAUGCGAUAUUGUGAUAUGCCUUCCCCGUCAACCCUCUAAAAGCGUCAACAAAGCCUACCCAUCACACAUACACGCCGUGACAUAGGCAGGACAUGAGAACUAGUGCUCAGAAGAGUCACAGAUUGGGCAACCAAGAAAAGGAGCAUCCUGAGAUGAGUGGUCAUCAGUUGAACUUUCAUCCCUCAUUAUGAAGACCUUCAUUGCCACCCUUGGCCUUGUUGCCCUUGCCGUCGCCGACAACGCUCCCCGUUAUGAGCCCAGAUACCAGCCUAGCUACAAACCCAGCUACGAGCCCAGCUACAAGCAGCCUUCCUACAAGGAAGAGCCUGCUUCCUACCAAUACAACUAUGAGGUCAAGGAUGAAUAUGCCGGUUUGAACUUUGAUGCCAAUGAGGCUCGUGAGGGAUACAACACCAAUGGUGGAUACAACGUGCUCCUCCCCGACGGCCGCACACAGAAGGUCACCUACACUGUUGAUGGGUAUGGCGGUUAUGUGGCUGAUGUCCAAUACGAGGGAGAGCUCAAGUACGAGUCCUACAAACCCAAGUAUGAGCCCAAGUACCAACCCUACAAGCCCACCUACAAGCCCGCCUACAAGCCCGCUUAUCCCCAGCCUUCUUAUGAAUAAGCACCUGAUCUCCUCCAAUAUUUAUUUCAAAGACUAUCUAUCUCUAUGAAAUAAACGACCAAAGCCUUUA